AUGUCCUCUCCUCUUCCACGUCUCCUAUGCCUAUUCCUGGCUCUCGUCGUCUUCGUCGGAGCAUCUUCUCCGGCAACUGCCGCCGAUGAGUUGGAGCGCGGAGGAGGUGGAGGCCACCGUCAGAGAGAAUUUGACUAUUUCGCUUUGGCCUUACAAUGGCCUGGUACUUUCUGUCAACGCACGCGCCAUUGUUGUUCCUCUAAUGCUUGCUGCAGAGGCUCUAAUUCUCCGGCAAUAUUCACCAUACAUGGACUCUGGCCUGACUAUAAUGAUGGGACGUGGCCAGCAUGUUGCACCAAAUCUCGUUUUGAUCCAAAAGAGAUAUCUACAUUGGAUAAUGCUUUACAGCAAUACUGGCCAUCAUUGAGCUGUGGCUCACCAUCAUCAUGCAGUGGCGGAAAAGGUUCAUUUUGGGCUCAUGAGGUGGAGAAGCACGGCACAUGCUCAUCUCCUGUGUUUGACAACGAAUAUGACUAUUUCUUGACAACACUUAAUGUCUACUUCAAAUAUAAUGUUACGAAAGUUCUAAAUGAAGCUGGAUACGUUCCGUCAAACACAGAAAAGUAUCCCCUCGGAGGCAUUAUCUCUGCCAUUGAGAAUGCUUUCCAUGCAUCUCCUUUAAUAGUUUGCUCAAAAGGUUCUGUGGAGGAGCUUCGUCUAUGCUUCUAUAAGGACUUCACGCCGCGUGAUUGUGCUAUUAAACCAGACGCAAAAAUUGACAUGGUUACUUCAAAAGGAUCAUGCCCUAAAUAUGUUGGCUUGCCAGAAUUCAUAGGGCAUGAUGGAUUUCAGAGCCGGGUGUCUAAUGAUGCAUCUCUAUAG